AACUCUCCGCCCUCCUACUCGCUUCCUCCAUACAACCCAUCUGCUCCACGAUGCCAUCCUAGACGCGAUCGUCUGAGCCGCCUGCAUUGACCGUCGCUGCCUCGACCCACCCGCUCACCUUACUCACCAUCCCUCUUGGUCACCAUGCCGGCGCAAACAGAGAAGAGCCAGCUCAAGCGAGGCCGUCUGUCUCAAGGCGAGCAAGUCGAGCCCAAGAGGACCCGCCACUCGCGCCUUUCGCCUCCUGCAAACGCUAGUCGCCUGAAGCAGGGCCCGCUGCCUUCGCCCGUCACCAACAAGGAAUCCACCGGCGACCCGUCGCAGGAUCGCAAGGAAGGAACACAGAGUCCCCCUUCUACCCGUGGUCCCAGCCAGGCUGCACGCGGCGGCCUGUCGUCGCCACCGCCCUCGGAUACCCAGCCCUUUUCGCAGUUCGUCUACCCGCCCGAAACCCGGGCAUAUGCAGUCGAGGAUGAGGAGGGCGAAGAGGUGUGGGGUUAUCUGGUGCCCAUGGACGGCAGUGCUGGCGAUGUAAUGGUUUUGCGCCGGAGACAGGCCUGUCCAGUUCCCAGCACAAUCGUCGGGCAGACCAAUGGCAAGGAGCACGUAAGCAAAGGCGAGUAUAAGGACCAGGAAGAGCAUUACGAGAAAGACAAGCAAGAGCGCGGUGUUCCUGCGGGUGGAUACCUCAUAGGCCGCCACCGAGAGUGCGACAAGGUGCUAAACUCUCCAACCGUUUCCAACCGCCAUUGCCUAUUAUUCACAGAGAAAAAGGGGGGCGACGUCGUUGCGGUACUUGAGGACUUGUCGGGCAAUGGAACCUUUGUCAACGAUACGUUUGUCGGGCGGAACAAGCGACGCGAACUACGUGAGGGCGACGAAAUCGCCAUCCUCGACGAAGCCCGCUACAUCUUCAGAUACCCGCUCAAGCGCAACACACACCGGUUCCGACAGCAGUACACCAUACAGGAGCAACUGGGCAAGGGCCAUUUUGCAUCCGUCUACCUUUGCGCGGAAAAGUCAACAGGCAUACGGUAUGCAGUCAAGAAGUUCGAGAAGCGCAGCGGUCCGGGAGAAAAGUCAAAGGUGGAGGGCUUGCAGCAGGAGAUUGCUGUGCUCAUGAGCGUUAGCCACCCAGCGCUUCUUUGUCUCAAAGACACAUUUGAUGAAGACGAUGGGGUCUACCUUGUUCUUGAGCUGGCGACAGAGGGCGAAUUAUUCAAUUGGAUCGUGAUGAAGCAAAGGUUGACUGAGGACGAGGCUCGCAAGGUCUUUGUGCAAUUGUUUCAGGCGGUUAAGUACCUGCAUGAACGCAACAUUGUACAUCGAGACAUCAAGCCUGAGAACAUCCUGCUCACCGACAAGGAGCUGUCUGUCAAGCUGGCCGACUUUGGUCUAGCCAAAAUCAUUGGCGAAGAGUCAUUCACGACUACGCUGUGUGGUACUCCGUCAUAUGUUGCGCCUGAAAUUCUAGAAAACUCCAAUCAUCGCCGGUACACACGCGCUGUUGACGUGUGGUCGUUGGGAGUCGUCUUGUACAUAUGCCUAUGCGGUUUCCCUCCCUUCUCGGACGAGCUAUACAGCGCCGAGAACCCGUACACAUUGUCUCAGCAGAUCAAGAUGGGUCGGUUUGACUAUCCAUCGCCAUACUGGGACUCUGUUGGCGAUCCAGCACUAGAUCUUAUCGACCGCAUGCUCACCGUCGACGUGGAGCAACGCAUCACCGUCGACGAGUGUCUGGAGCACCCAUGGACUACGCAGGGCAAGAUCAACGUCAACGACAGCACCGACGGCUUGACGGGGGCAAUUUCAAAACUGGACUUUUCAAAGCGUAAGAUACAGCGGGAGCGCACCAUGCUGAGCAGCAUCAACGAUGUCAAGGUAACGCGCGUCAUUCAGGGCACCGAAGGGCAGGAUCCGGUCAAGGUGUACGAGAAGAACGGGGUAGGGAGCAAGGGCAAAAAAACCAAGGCGACGCAACAUGCCGUUGCAGAGGAACAGCCGGCGGCGCAGCGGCAUCCUGAAGAGUUUGUGGAAAUGGGCGGCAAGGGCGACCAGACUCUGUACUCUGAAGAAGACGACGGCGUUUGCUCUUCAUCCCCCCUUUGCUUCUCUCGUUGCUUCUUGCUGUGCACAAUGGGUGUCUUUGCCCCCAUUGCCGGCCCCCUCGGCGACUUCACCUCAAACUCGUCGACGCCCGUCCUUGUCGCUGCCGGCGUCGCCUCCUUUAUCUUCCUGGCCAUUGUCCUCAAUGUCCUCAAGCAGUUCCUGUUCAAGAACCCCAAUGAGCCGCCUCUCGUCUUCCACUGGGUGCCCAUUAUCGGCAACACUGUCUGGUAUGGCAUGGAUCCGUAUGCCUUCUUCUUCGCAAACUACAAGAAGUAUGGCCCAGUCUUCACCUUUGUCCUCCUCGGUCGCAAGAUGACCGUCUGCCUCGACACUACCGGCAACAACUUUAUCCUCAACGGAAAGAUCAAGGACGUCAAUGCCGAGGAGAUCUACUCUCCCCUCACGACCCCCGUGUUCGGCAAGGAUGUCGUCUAUGACUGUCCCAACUCGAAGCUCAUGGAGCAAAAGAAGUUUGUCAAGUUUGGCCUAACGCAAGAGGCUCUCCGUUCCUACGUCGGCCUUAUCACACAAGAAUGCGAGGAUUUCUUCAAGCGCCACAAGGCUUUCAAGGGACAAAAGGGCACUUUCAACGUCCCUAAGGUCAUGGCUGAACUCACCAUCUACACUGCCUCUCGAUCGCUCCAGGGCGAGGAAAUCCGCCGCUCAUUCGACUCCAAGUUUGCCGAACUGUACCACGACCUCGACAUGGGAUUCUCUCCUAUCAACUUUAUGCUUUCCUGGGCCCCGCUCCCUCAUAACCGUGCCCGUGAUAAUGCGCGCGAGACUAUGAUUCAGCUUUACUCUGAGCUGGUUCGCAAGCGGAGAUUAGGCAACGUUAAGAAGGACUCUCACGACAUGAUCUGGCAUCUGAUGGACUGCAAGUACAAGGACGGCACACAGGUUCCUGAACACGAAAUUGCUGGAAUCAUGAUUGCUCUGCUUAUGGCUGGCCAACACUCAUCCUCUUCGACCAUUUCCUGGAUCCUGCUCCGUUUGGCACAGAAUCCCGAAAUUAUAGAUGAGCUUCUUGCAGAGCAAAAGGCGGUCAUGGGUGAAGAUCUGCCUACUCUGACGUAUGAGGAUCUCGACAAGCUGUCUCUCCACGCCCAAGUGGUCAAGGAAACCCUUCGUCUUCACGCUCCGAUCCACUCGAUUAUGCGCAAAGUCAAGCAGCCUCUUGUCGUUGAUGGAACAAACUACGUUAUCCCUACUUCUCAUCAUCUCAUGUCUUCACCUGGCUUCUCUGCUCAACUCGACACUUACUUUGUCAACCCCUCUGUCUGGGACCCACACCGAUGGGACGCCGAGCAGGACAAACAAAACGCGGAUGAGGAAGACGAUGACGACAAGAUUGAUUAUGGCUGGGGUGUUGUGUCCAAGGGCACCAAAUCGCCAUAUCUCCCCUUCGGCGCCGGAAGGCACCGAUGUAUCGGAGAGCAGUUUGCCUACCUCCAACUUCAGACUAUUAUUGUUGCGUUUGUCCGUGAGUUCAAGGUUAGGAAUAUUGGAGGUAGCAAGGAUAUCAUCGGGACGGAUUACGCGAGUUUGUUCUCGCGCCCUCUUGCUCCUGCCGUUGUUGAGUGGGAGAGGAGGCAUGGGAACAAAUGGGUGAGCCGUGCAGGAAUGGGGCGGUGUAAUGACAUGGAUGUCUUGUUCUUCUUCAUUUGGCUGUCCGACGAGGUUCAGUAA